CCAAAUAUCUGAACUAUCAACCCAACCAACAGUUCAAACAACUUCACCAUCAAUCCAACAACUACUACCUAACCGAACAACCCAGUCAUCAACUAAAUUGACCCCAUUAUCAAGUCAAACAAAAAGCAAAAUUUUCAUUUUUACUUCAGUAUGUGGAACUUAUUCAAUCCUUGUAAUUAUCAUGGGUGUGUCAGUUCUUUUAUGUAACAAGAAAACCAAGAAGGUUAACCAACAAUCAUUAGGUGACAGAGACCAUGAAUAUGCUUACCCAAAUGUCAACAAUAGUACUCGUCAGACAUCUGAGUACAAUGAGUAUGUCGACACCAUUGUUUACAAGAAUUCACAUGACAUGGCUCACUAUACUGGCAAAGGUCAUUACUAUGAUAAUGAAAAUUUAACCAGUAUUACACAUGCCACAGUUCAGCAUACCGAUUUAGAUGAUCAGUAUCUCGUCCCCACUGUUGACAAGAAUGCACAUGACAUGCGUCAAGAUUCUGAUCCAGACAAUCUAUAUGACGACAUAAUGCCAACAGCUUUUACACAUGACACAACUUGGGAUGCUGAUCAAGAUCAAGAUUACAUUGAUCCAGAUGUCAUGAUCAAUGAAGGUGAAUGUGAACAAAACAACUAUCUUCAAUUAAUAAACUAGAUAAACUAGACAACCAAAACCCACCAAGUGCAACUUGCCCCGAGAGAAAACAGGUACAUGUAAGCAUUAUACUAGUACCCCCAGGGUUUACUGUUACACCCAUAAUUCUUUUUUCCGGGACCCUAUUAACAGUUUUUUACUUUAUACCUUUAUACCCAGUUGGGCUUAAGUAUACUAAAUAAUAUGAAGAGGACAACUAAUCUUUAGAUGACCAUAAGUCUACAUGUUCAUGAACAAGUUCUUUAAAAUGAGUAGCUUAACCCCCCAAUGUCAUUGUUAGAAAGUGGGUCGACAAGAACAUUCACCAUUUAAUAAUUUAAGGAUUUAAGCCCGGGACACAAUUAAUUCUAGGAUGAUCUAACAAGAGACUUUGAAUGAGUGUGGCAGCCCAUCUUUGUCUAACCUUAUAUUCACGAAUGCAACUAACACCCGCCGGCUACCAGAUUAACCUACUAUUUUAUGGCCAACUCAUUUAAAUAUGAAUAGAAUAGCACGUACUAUUCAUAUUUAAAUGAGUUACCCAUAAAUAGUAGGUUUAUC